AUGCCUGCUAUCACCAUCAUUAACAGCCAAAUCCCCGCCGGCCUCCAUCUCCAUGCGAUGGAGAGACGAGGCAACUGGGCAAGCCAACACCGUGGCAUUGUGCUUGUCUUCUGUAUUCUGUUCCUUGUUGCAAUCGGUAUCGGCGGUUCCUCGAUUUAUCAACGAUACAUGAAGAAGAAGGCUAAGGAGGCUUCCCAUAUUCCGCCUCGCUAG